AUGGCUAAAAUUAAUUUCUUACCCACGCUACAAGAUUCAUUUGAACCACUUUUGCCACAACAGGUGGAAAUCCUUCGUCAACAGUUUUUAUCAGAAGGUGGUGAAACUGCAUCUAUUCAAUCUAGAUUCAACUAUGCAUGGGGUUUGAUCAAGUCAAUGGGCCUUGACGAUCAGCGACUCGGUAUCAAACUACUCACGGAUAUCUACAAAGAAUCGCCUCAAAGAAGGCGUGAAUGUCUUUACUACUUGACCAUCGGAUGUUAUAAGGUCGGCGAGUACAGUAUGGCUAAAAGAUACGUGGAUACCCUAUUGGAACAUGAACCUGGUAACCAUCAGAUCAAGGCCUUACAAGGUAUGGUAGAAGAUAAGAUUCAAAGGGAAACAGUUAGGGGAGUAGCUGUGGCUACAGGUGUAGUUGCAAGUGCAGCAGCUGUAGCUGCAUUCUUCUUUAGAAGAAGGAGGUAA